CCAAACUCAUUCCUACAAAGGCAAAGACCAAUUCACGCCAUUCUCUGUUUCAGUUCCACCAUGGUGCAUCCCAUUCUGUUGCUUGGAAUUCUGACAGUAGCAUAUUUUAGUGUUUCUCAAGCUGAAAAUGUUUUCUUACAAUACUGGAAAGAGCAUAUUGGUCUUCCACACCCUCCACACUGGUUAGCUGAAAAGGCUUCUACACUAAGCCCUCAUCAAGAGGUGGUGUUGAUGAAACUUAUGGAGAAAAAUGAAUUGUCUUCCCACCUGCGUUUGUUUUGUAAGCAGGCUAAUAUUGCUUGUUCAACAAAUGCACAAGUGAAGAAGAUAACAGACAACACAACCUUGCCACCAAUGGCUCAAUGGAAUGAAGCCAAACUGAAAUAUGAUUAUCCUAAUGAAAAACCCUUGGUGUUAGCCAGCCAAGGGGGAUUGCCAUAUUUCCGGCAGUCAAUGGUGAUAGAGGGAAGUUUCAUGCCCAUCCCUGAUCUAAGGGACCCAAUGUCAUAUAAAUCGUUCUUGUCGCGAUCUUUGGCAUCAAAAAUCCCAUUUUCGUUUGCCCGGAUUGAGGAAUUGAAGAAACUUUUUGGCGUGGUAGAUGAAUCAAACAUGGAUGAAUAUAUUCAAGACACCCUCAAAAUAUGUGAUAAGAGCCCCAAUCGUGGUGAGAAAAGAACUUGUGCAACUUCUGCCGAGGAUCUUAUUGAUUUUGUUGUUGAGAAAUUAGGGCAUUAUAUAUGCGUAUGGAGUACUGAAAGCGUUGAAGGAUCUUACGAGAACGUUACAAUUGGAGCUGUGAAACUCAUAUAUGGAAAUCUUUCUGAAUCACCAACCUUAUGUCAUAGCCAGCCAUUCAUAUUUCAAAUCUAUUAUUGCCAUGUUUUACAGAAAGUAAAAGUAUAUGCAGUUGAUAUACAUGCUAAGAAGAAAGUGAAUCAUGCGAUCAUGGCAUGCCACUAUGACACAUCAACUUGGAAUCCAAAUCAUCUUGCUUUCAAGUUACUGGGAUUUGGCCCAGGCCAAAUUGAAGUCUGCCAUUGGAUAAAUGAGAAUGGAAUAGUCUGGACAAAGACUUUAGGUUGAGCAGCAAUUGAAGAUUUGAUUAUCUUCUAGUUCUCUUGUUUAUUUUACUAUAAAUAUUACUUUAGGCUAUUUGAAGGAUAAAUAAUGACUUAUUUUUGGCUUGCUUCUUA